GGCGCUGGCCUGUUAUGGCGUUCCCAGCGUUGUGCUCGAGCGUGGCCUGACGACCACUCGAUGGCCCAAGAUGGACCUGACCACAGCGCGCUCCCUCGAAAUUUUCCGCUCGCUCGGUCUGGCCGAGGGACUGCGGCAGCGCGGCGUGGCCCCUGACAAGUCCUUUGCCUGCCUGUUCUCCACCGGCCUGCACGCCGACCAAGCCAUUACUAAAUGGGCACUCCCGAGCGUCCAGCAGAUGCGUACGGAGAUUGCUGCGUGCAACGAUGGCAGCAUGCCUUCUGAACCCUGGCAGCGUAUCUCGCAGGAAGUCUUCGAGGCCUGGCUGAAAGAAGUCUGCGUGGCAAAUCCAAUGAUUGACUUCCGCGCCGGCUGCGAGGUCCAGGCGGCUCGCGAAGACGAGCAUCGUACGCACAUUACUUAUGUCAAUGCGGUUACUGGCAUCAAGACAUGCAUAGAAAGUGAAUAUGCCGUAGGCUGUGAUGGUGCCAAUAGCGUGCUACGGAACAGCAUGGCCAUCGAGCUGGAGGGUGGCUCACUACCAGGAAAGGCGCUCCUGGUGCACUUCAAGUCCAGGGAUCUCUCGAAGCUACACGCUCAAGGCCAGUUUUGGCAUAUCUUCUUUCCCAAUGAAGCUGUCGAGGGAGGCUCUAUCAAAGGUGCCAUCAUUGCCCAAGACGAGAUGGAUACGUGGACAAUACAUUGCUUCUUGCCUCCCAACUUCGACGAGAAGCAGCUCUCGUCUGAGCAAGCCAUUUACCGUGUGCUCGGUGGUAUGGGUCCACCACUGAGCAUCCAAGUGGACCAGAUUCUGGUUCGUUCGACCUGGACUCCGAGCGCAGCCAUUGCCACUACAUACGUUUCGCCACACGGCAGAAUACUCCUGGCCGGCGAUGCCUGCCACCAAUUCCUACCCACAGGAGGUUACGGCAUGAACACUGGCAUUGCCGAUGCGUAUGAUCUGAGUUGGAAGCUCGCUGCCACUGUCCAGAAGUGGGGUGGGCCGGAGUUGUUACGAUCCUACAACGACGAACGUCGCCCCGUGGGGAUGCUAGGUUUGCACUGGUCCAAGAUGCAUAUGAGCAACCUUGGUGCUCUCUCCAAAGCCAUUGAGCUCGACGCAAAGACCAUUGCUUCGAAAACCGAGGCGGGACAGCAGAUGCGAAAUGAUAUGCAUGACUACAUCCAAACGCACGAUGGGCACAACAAAAGCAUGGGAGUGGAGAUGGGCUACUGUUACCGCUCCUCCAUCUGUAUACCACAUCCAGCAGAGGCUCCUCCUCCAGAGUUCAACCCUCGGAGAUACACCCCGACGACUUAUCCUGGACACCGUGCGCCGCAUGUCUUCUUGAGUAAUGGGAAAUCCAUCUUUGACGAAUUUGGCAAAAACUUUACUCUAGUCUCGUUCUCCGAUGACCUCACCACCACCGAGGAAAAUUUCUGCUCUGCCGCAAAGCAACGGUGUGUGCCGUUCCAAGUGGCUCGACUGUCACAUGAAAAGCACGCGCGGAGCGUAUGGGACGCUGAACUGGUUCUAGUGCGGCCUGAUGGAUUUGUGGCAUGGCGCAGUAAUAAUCAUCACCCUAUUGGAACGCAGAGCGAGGCAAAUGACAUUUUGGCCAAAGUUACAGGAUUCAUAUAGUGAAAGACCCAUCACCGAUGUCUUUUUUUGUUCAUUAUUUCGCAAAAAUACCUAAACGUUCUCCGCAAUGCACACUACCCACUUCUUCUCAUUCUUUCAUCGCGCGCUUUGCAAUCAAGGGGCUCUCUUUAUUGACCGACGCAAAAUUAUUCGCAUCGAGGCAGGCUUGCCGAGAUUUCAAUACUGCGGGAAAGGUACGAGUGAUCAUCUCUUCUUCGUACGACUUGACGGCUUGUGCGAGGUCGCAACUACGCGUUGGCUGCAUCGUCUCUGUAUUGGCGGUGGUGGGGAAACAAGUUUUGAUCAAAUGUGAGACAUCAAUCACUCCAUGAUUGGCAGCUUCGCCUCGGAACAUAGUCAUACAGUGCGCCGCAUCUCCCACCAACGUGACUCUGCCAUUAUGGUUAUCCCAGCGACCUUGCACAGGAGGCCAAUCCUCCAGCACAAUCUCGCGAAGCUCCGUCGUUUCGGGAAUACUAUAGACCAAAUCUCGAAAAGUCUCGUUCCAAUUCGUAGCCAACUGACGAAUCCGCUCACGUCGAGCCGUUUGUGUCUCAGGCAUUUCAUCCGCAGCUUCGCCAGAAUAAGGCCAACUAACCAUCAUCUGGCACGUCGCAUAUUCUUCUUCUUCUCCUUUUCCUUCCACGUCCACAGCGCGCGGCAAAUGAAUAAACGAAAACCAGAAAUAGACAUUCGAUAACGGAUCGCCACCUUGAAAAAAAUGUGGAUCAAUUGCAAGACAUUUUGCGACUUUUGCGAGUGGGAAUUUUACACGAAGGCCUAGGAGACGAACGGGAAGUCGAUUGUUUUGCCAGGUUGUUGCGCAGAGAGUUCUUCGAACGGCAGAUCUUGCACCGUCGCAGCCGAUUACGAGAUUUCCUUGGGCUUGGCUGCCGUCUGCGAAGGUGGCGGUUACGGAAGAUGGAUGCGAGAAGUCGAGGGAGGUGAGGUGUUUGGACCACCUAACAUCAACCCCCCUCAUCAACAACUCCAAAAUCCUCUCCCUCGAAACCCUCGAAGCCGCCCCCCUCGGAAUCGGCCACGCCUCCACUCUCUCGCCCGUACAUAAAUUCAAAAACUGAAAAUUCCCCGCUUGUCCAGCUGCAGCAGCAUCUCGAUUAACCAAACACGACUCGAAAUUUUGCAUGAUUUCAUCCGGAAGCAAAUUUUGUAAAUCUGUUAGUGCCCAGUGGAUGGUGAGACUCCAUCCUCCGCCGCGGAAGAA